AUGUCUUCACCACAACAACGUCUAAGCUCCGUCGCCAACCAGCUGGCAGCUCCUGGCUCGGCCCGCCAAAAGAUUCUGGCCAAGAACCCAGAUGAUGUUGUUAUCACUUACCUGGCCCGCACACCGCUCACCAAGGCCCGCAAGGGUGGGUUGAAGGAUACCACCGUGGAUGACCUCCUCGUCUCACUGCUCACGACCGUCCGCGAGAAGUCCAACCUGGACCCCAACCUUGUGGAGGAUGUCUGCGUUGGUAACGUCCUCUGCCCCGGUUCGGCAUAUGUCGCCCGUUCCGCUGUGCUGGCAGCAGGCUUCCCAGUAACAGCAGCUGCCUCCAUCGCCAACCGAUUCUGCUCAUCCGGUCUCCUGGCCAUCCAAAACAUCGCCAACCAAAUCAUCGCAGGAUCCAUCGAUGUCGGAGUGGCUGUCGGAGCCGAGAGCAUGAGCAAGAACGCCGACGGCGGCGCCCCCGAAAUGUCCGAACGCAUCCAAAAUCACCCGAUCGCAUCCCAAAACUCUCAGCCCAUGGGACAGACCUCAGAGAAUGUAGCAAACCAGUUCAACAUCUCACGCGAGCAGCACGACAGGUUCGCUGCCAACAGUUUCCAGAAGGCUGAGCGUGCCCAGAAGGCCGGCUGGCUCGAGGACGAGAUUGUCCCCGUCAAGACUCAAAUUAAGGACCCCAAGACCGGCGAGGUGAAAGAUAUCGUUGUUGACCGUGACGAUGGAAUCCGCUACGGUACUACCCCGGAGUCGCUCGGCAAGGUCCGCGCUGCCUUCCCCCAGUGGGCCCCUAGUGCUACUACCGGCGGUAACGCCAGUCAGAUUACCGAUGGUGCUGCUGCUUUGGUUCUCAUGAAGCGCUCACGGGCCCAGGAGCUCGGUCAACCCAUUGUUGCCAAGUUCUGUGGUGCUACCGUUUCUGGUCUGGAGCCCAGAAUCAUGGGUAUUGGCCCAUCCCUUGCCAUCCCCAAGAUUUUGAACAAGUUCAACUUGAGCAAGGAUGAUAUUGAUAUUUUUGAGAUUAACGAGGCCUUUGCCUCAAUGGGUGUGUACUGCGUCAACAAGCUGGGCUUGGAUGAAUCUAAGGUGAACCCUCGUGGUGGUGCUAUUGCUUUUGGUCACCCUCUCGGAGCCACUGGCGCUCGCCAGGCCGUCACUGCUCUGUCUGAGUUGCGUCGACAGGAUAAGCGGGUCGCCGUGACCUCGAUGUGUGUGGGCACUGGCAUGGGUAUGGCCGGUAUCUUUGUUUCUGAGCAUUAA